ACAACUGACAGAGAAAUUUUAUGUUAAACUCAGAUGAGAUUUGGGAAGACAUAUUCUGAUUUGACUUCAUCUCUUACCUUAAUAUAUUUAACGUUAUUUUCCUUACGGCACAUAAUAAAAAGAAGAAGAGGUUUGGCUCCAAAAACAUGGCUCAAGAGAUCCCCAAAUUGACUUUUGUUCUGUUUGGAAACUCAACAUCAAUUCAGUUUGGCUAUGCCAACAGUCUACUGUUAGAGAAACCUCUUGAAGAGGAAGGAGAAUUUUGCAGGAUUGUUCGUGUACAUACAAAGAUAUCAGAUCGUGAUGUCUCAGUCAUCAACAUGAUUGACCUCCAUGACAAUAAAUGUUACCAAGACUUUGUGAAUCAUCUCAUUGGUAAACUAAUGUAUAAAAGUAAAAUCUUCGCCUUCAUCUUUGUUGUGCGUCUGGGUCAGUUAACAGAUGCUGAUAAGAUGAGUCUUGAUUGGCUACAGUCAGUGUUUGGUGACGGUGUUUUCCAGUUUGUGUCGAUUCUCUUCACUUAUGAGAGAAAAGAAGAGUCUGACUCUAUAAUAGAUCAUCUGAAGAAAAACACUGUUCUAGAGCAACUGCUAAAGAAAUGUGGAGAAAGAUAUCACACCUGCAGCAAAACCAUGAACAACGGAUCAGAGAUGAGAGAACUGAUAAAGAAGAUUGACUGUUUGUUUAAUGAGAAUCAAGGGAAGUGUUACACUGAAGAGAUGUACAACACACAGUUAAGAGAAAGAGAAGACCAGAAAAAGCUAUCAAAGCAGGGAGUUCAGUUUUCCUGAUGUGUAUUUACCUCUAACUCUGAUGUAACAUUUUGAAAUUUGAUUUAGUUUUUACUAACUAUUUAACAAAAUUGUGUGAUACA